GAUGUUGCAUAACCCAUUCUUCAAGACCUGGAAUUCGGGUAAUUCGAUCCACUGAAAAAAAAAAAAAAAGAAAACAAAAGCAAAAGCAAAAACCUCUCAAAGAUUAGGGAUUAGGGUUUUGCACAUUUACAUAGCUUCGAAGUUCCUACAACCAGAAGAAAUGUGGAGAUCAAUGGCAGGAAGGUCCAGGCAGGUGGUGGCACGGAUCUUCUGUGCAGCCAACAUCAAUCAGGUUCUCUCUGAAACUCAAAAACAUUACCAUUAUCUCCCAAAAACCUUACUCUCUCAAACCCCUCGUUUCCUCUCUAAUUUCUCUGCAAAUCCAAGUGAUGAUUCAUCUCGGGGAUUCGCAGAAAAUGGGAAUUCCCAGCUGGACGGUUUUGCCCCUGCGAUUGAGACUAAUGCCGUGGAAGUUCCCUCUUUUGAGGGUUCUGUUGGUGAUGAGACCCAGAUGGACAGUUCUGUCUCUGGGGAUGACCGAAAUGACAUAGAAGAAGAUAUCCAAGUUUAUGAGAUUGACGGGAACAAGUUAGAAAAUGUGUUGUCUUUGUUGCAAAGUAGAGUUGAUGGGUCUUUGGAAUCAAGUCUCGAUGUUAUGGCUUUGGAUUUGAAUGAAGAUUUUGUUGUCAAAGUUCUUCAGACUCCAUUUAUAUCGGGUGAAAAUUUGAUUAGGUUUUUCAAAUGGGUAAUGAAGAAACCAGGGUGUAAAGUGACUACUUCUGUUGUUGACUCACUCGUUAAGGGUAUUUGUAGUGAUCUUAGGAAGAAGGAUGCUUAUGAUUUAUGGGAUUUGGUUAAGGACAUUGGGGACAAAGAGAAUGGGGUUUUGACUGUGAAUGUUCUUAAUGAGUUGAUUGCUUUGUUUUCGAAGUUGGGUAAAGGAAAGGCAGCUAUGGAGGUGUUCAACAAAUUUGGGGAUUUUGGAUGUGUCCCGAACAUGGUUACUUAUUAUUUCACUAUCGAAGCUCUGUGUCGGCGGUCGAUUUAUGAUUGGGCUUGGUCUGUAUGUGAAAGGAUGCUUGAUGGGGAGAGCUUGCCAGAUGGUGAGCAAGUGGGAAAGAUAAUAUCUUGGUUUUGUAGAGGCGGUAAGGCUGAGAAUGCUCACACUGUUUAUUUGUUGGCCAAGGAGAAAAACAAGCAGCUGCCUCGGUCUUCUGUUAAUUUCUUGAUCAGUUCACUCUGUAAGAAGGAUGAAACAGUGAAUUUAGCUUUGGAGAUGUUGGAUGGAUUCUCUGGAGAAGCAAGGAAAUAUGCAAUCAAGCCGUUUUCAUCUGUUGUUCGUGGUCUGUGUAGGAUGAGGAAUCUUGAUGAAGCAAAAACAUUGCUUCUGAAAAUGAUCGCAGAUGGCCCACCUCCUGGAAAUGCAGUAUUUAAUUCGGUGGUCAAUGGCUAUUCUAAGGCUGGAGAUAUGGACAAAGCGAAGGAGAUGAUAAAACUGAUGGAGGAUAGGGGGUUGAAACCUGAUGUUUACACAUACACUGUUGUGAUGAGUGGUUAUGCAAAUGGUGGCCAGAUGGAUGAGGCUUGUGAAGUUUUAUCAGAAGCCAAGAAAAAGCAUAUGAAGCUGAGCCCUGUGACUUAUCACACUCUAAUUCGUGGAUAUUGCAAAAUUGAAGAGUUCGACAAGGCUUUGAAGCUGUUGGCUGAGAUGAAGGAUUUUGGGGUCCAACCUAAUGUGGAUGAAUACAAUAAAUUGAUCCAGUCUCUUUGCUUAAAGGCUUUAGAUUGGCAAACAGCUGAGAAGCUACUGGAUGAAAUGAAAGAGAAUGGGUUGUAUCUUAAUGGAAUCACGCAAGGUCUUAUAAAGGCAGUUAAGGAGCUGGAAGCAGAGGAAGUGGACAGCAGGGAAGCAACAACCACUGAGGUCUAAAUCUUUGCUCAUUUUAGGAAAUGGAUGUAACAUUCAGGUGUUCAACUGGUAAAUUUUGUCGCCUUCCCUUCUUUAGCGUUAGAUGAUUGAUGAGGCCUGUGUCAAUUUCUUUGUUGUCAUCUUUAUACAGCUAUUCACGUGAAUCAAUUGAGAAGAUGUUUUUGUUUUUUGGGGAUGCAUGUUUGUGUUCUUUAUACUUGGCACGUGGAAGGCAACCUUGUGGAAUUUGAAUUUCUUGGUUUUUUCUUCCCUCCACAAGUGAGAAUCAGAAGGCAGUGGCCCAACAUGUGUCAAUCCAUAUUUAAGUUUUGGUACUAUAUUUUAUUGGUACCUUUUUGGUUAA